AUGCAUAAUAGUGCGCGAGGGUCUCACAAUCCAUACGGACCAAAUGAUCCGGCAGAAGCAGGCCCAUCUAUAAAUCGGCAUCUAACCCCGACCUUACAGAUGGCACGGCGGACGCCACUCCAGCGGCCGCAGUCUACAUAUUCUGAUACUGGGUCCCGCGGUCGCUCUCCAAGUGGAUACAACUCUCCAUCGCCAAACAUGAGAGCUCCCUCAGCCCACUCCUCCAGACGAUCUUAUGAUAGCAGGCCGCUCUCAUAUAUCGAUCUCCAGAAUGUCUCAUACCCUCAAGCACCCCCGCCUCCUAUUGCGAUGGAUAAUUCCCAAUUGAGAUCUGCUGUUGGAAAUAAUGCCUCAUUGCUGAGCAUGGGAAAGACUCUCGCAAUGUAUCGAGAAAAUGUCAAGAAGAUGAACGAUCCCGAGACGCAGUACGCGUUUGCUAUCUUCCUUAUAAAAUGUGCUCAGGAGUUGGGGCUCGGGCAGGGAGCGGAUGCUUCUCGCAAAUCCAGCACGAAAGGGGGACGUGAUCACGAUAGUCCCUAUAUCGAGGGUCCCCAAUCGUCCCCUGAGGAACUGCUUCGUGAAGCAAAACAGAUCUUGCAGAAACUGGCAGAUAGAAGCUAUCCAUUUGCGCAGUAUUACCUUGCAGAUGGUUAUGCGUCUGGACUCUUCAACAAAGGAAAGGAGGAUUACGGGACGGCAUUCCCCCUUUUCGUAGCGGCUAGCAAACACGGUCACGCGGAAUCUGGAUACCGAGCUGCUCUAUGUUAUGAAUUUGGAUGGGGCUGUAGGAAAGAUCCGGCCAAGGCAGUGCAAUUCUACAGACAGUCGGCUUCCAAAAACCACCCGGGCUCAAUGACUCGUCUUGGUCGAGCAUGCCUAUCCGGCGAUCUUGGCAUGAAUAAGUAUAGAGAAGGGCUGAAAUGGCUCAACCGUGGAACAGAAUCGGCAGAUAUGCAGUACAACGCAGCGCCCUACCAUCUAGGUCUCCUCUACGAGACCGGAUAUGGGGACGAUGUAUUCCGGGAUGAGGCCUAUGCGGCAAAGCUCUUCACACAGGCAGCAGAUCUUGGCCACGCAGAAGCUAGCUACCGUAUGGGAGACGCAUACGAGCAUGGGAAGCUCUGCUGUCCGCGAGACCCAGCGCUCAGUGUGCAUUUCUACACGGGAGCAGCCCAACGGGGCCAUGCGGGAGCCAUGAUGGCUCUGUGUGCGUGGUACAUGGUUGGCGCAGAGCCCGUCCUCGAAAAGGACGAGAACGAGGCAUACGAAUGGGCGCGCCAAGCAGCCGAGUGCGGGCUCACGAAAGCCGAGUACGCCGUGGGUUACUUCACGGAGAUGGGCAUUGGGUGUCGACGCGACCCCUUGGAAGCCAACGUGUGGUACGUGAAAGCAGCCGAGGCGGGCGACCAGCGCGCGAAGCAGCGCCUAGCUGCCAUCCGCCUUGCAGCCAGUGGAGGCGCGCCCGGGGACGCCGUCCCGAAGGACGGAUCCAAACUCAAGAAGAGCGGCAGUGGGAACGAAAAGACGGGGCAGAACGACAAGGAUUGCAUCGUCAUGUGA